AAGGAAAGUGAGAACUUUAUUUGUGGACGGAGGGAGUAUUUUAAUACUUCUCUAAAAGGGAGAUGAAGAUCUCUUCGACUCUGGUAUAUAUUAAAAAAAGGAAAAAAACUGCAGCGGUAGGUUUUAUAUGGUUCCUCUUGCAAAAGUUAUUCCAUACAGAGUGAGCUUUGUUCAAGGUUUAAAAGAUUUUGGUGGCUAAAUGAUAUGAGCUGUAAUUUGGCAGGGAAUACAUCCCAGUGGGCGUGGUUGAAGCCAUGACAGUGUUAAAACAUCCAUUGCUAGUGCACAAGGGUUUGUGGGUUUUGAAAACAAAAGAUGAAAGAAGAAAUGGAACUAGGAAACUGGAUCCAUCCAUAGCCAGCAAAUGCCAUCCGAGGCUCAAUCUCUGCCAAGAAUAUAUUAAGAAAUCUCCACAUGGUGCAAUAUUUGUUAAACAAAACCUCCUAAAGGUUCUUGACAGGCUAGCAGCUCGGAUGGGUUCAAGGCUAUCAUCCUACACCAAAACUAUUUGGGGAGUGUUGUUUGCAGAUAAUCACCCACCACCUUAGAGAUGGUAGUCAUUCUUACAUGUUCCGCUCUACAGACAAGCAAAUUGACUGGAUGGACAUUGGAGCUUUUAUAUUUAGUUCGCAAGCUGCACUUCUCACAAAAAAUGUAACUGCCCCUAUAGGAAUACCAAAAAAAGAUAGAACACAAGAAAUGGUGGCUCAGAAUGCCAAAUGUGUGACAAGUGCUAUCAAGGGGGGGCAACUGGUAUGCUGGUAAGGGAAUAACAAUAGAAAGAACAACCUUAGAGUCUAGAUGGCGAUUUCUCAGAACCAUAAUAAAAACACCUCAUGGGCAAUAUUAAAAGAUUGUUCAAGGUUUAAAAGAUUUUGGUGGCUAAAUGAUAUGAGCUGUAAUUUGGCAGGGAAUACAUCCCAGUGGGCGUGGUUGAAGCCAUGACAGUGUUAAAACAUCCAUUGCCUAGUGCACAAGGGUUUGUGGGUUUUGAAAAACAAAAGGUGUUACUUGCAAAAGGCAUGUUAAAACAUUCAUUGCCCAGUGCCCAUAGUUGUGAAUGGCGCUCGCCAUUCUCGCCUAAGGCGCCUAUGGCUUUCUGGCGACGCCAUCUUCAGACCUGGCGAGGCGUUUUACGCCAAUCUCGCCAUAGGCGGUCGCCAUGGACGCCAACGCUGUGGCGAAAGGCGUUUGCUAUCUACGCUUAAUGCAGGUCAAGGGUUUUUCUUGACUUUUUUUUUAAAAACGCGCUAAGUACUCGAUCGAAACACUUCAUCGAUCGAAAUUCUCCUCUGCCUAUGCCCUCUAGCCGUCGAUCGAAAUUCUCCUCGCCGACUCUGCGCAGAGCCUCGUCACUCUCGCGAGUCCAAACAGCGCACUUGCAGUGAACUCUCUCGCGAUUCUAAACAGCGCAGAGGCAGAGUCAAAGCCGGCGAAAGUAAGACUCCACACUUCGCAGAUGAAAGAAGAAAUGGAACUAGGAAGCUUGAUCCAUCCAUAGCCAGCAAACGCCAUCCGAGCAACAUAAGAAAUCGUCUGACAGGGCAGAGCAGCGACGACCUAGAUAGAUCGUAGAGCAUGAAGGAGGUUGGAGCUUGGCCUUGAACAAGUGGCUGAAUCCCAAAUCGAAACAGAGAGGGAUAGCGGCAACAAUCCUAUACAUAUGAUGUGCAGUAAUUGAGUUUAUCGCUUCUUUCCCUCUUUAUUACAAGAUUUACACAAAUAUAUUUUGUGUUAAUUU